UUGGUUAUCCGUGCUCCCGCCAGGGGUCGCUCACACACCAAAUUUUCGAAAGGGGGGUUUAUUGUUUCUUUCCGUUCGGCAGCCGAAAUUACUAUUUGCUAAUCUAAGCUUCACAGUUGUACAAACAACUACCAAAAACGGGAAAAUGGCUGGUGGCAAGGCAGGAAAAGACAGUGGGAAAGCCAAGGCAAAAGCAGUAUCGCGCUCCCAGAGAGCUGGGCUGCAGUUCCCAGUGGGUCGUAUCCACAGGCACUUGAAGACCCGUACAACCAGUCAUGGCCGUGUAGGAGCCACAGCAGCAGUGUACAGUGCAGCCAUCCUCGAGUACCUCACGGCUGAAGUACUAGAGUUGGCAGGAAAUGCCUCCAAAGACUUGAAGGUGAAACGUAUCACUCCCCGUCACUUGCAGCUGGCCAUUCGUGGUGACGAGGAGUUGGACUCCCUCAUCAAGGCCACCAUUGCUGGAGGAGGUGUGAUCCCGCACAUCCACAAAUCCCUUAUUGGGAAGAAGGGCCAGCAGAAGACUGCGUAGGUGCCAUGAUGACCAGAAACGUGGGGGCUUGGACCGGACCAGGAGUUCACAUGUGUUCUUUUUUAUUAUUAAUAUUAUAGCAAAGGAAGAGUGAUUGUUAGGAUUUGUGUUAUUGUCAUAUUUUCCCAUAACUAGGAAAAAAAUGAAAACCCCCAUAACAAAAAAUUAAAAAAAAAAAACAACCUUUGUAUGUUAUUGUAGAACGUCUGGGGAGUUCGGGACUAUGUCAAGUGGUGACAGUGAAUUUUU